UCAUAGUGGUUACAGCUGCUGCCUUUGGACCCCGAAGCGUGCAGGUUCGAGUCUCGCCUCCAGCCGUCGUCAUCGGUGCCGCCGAGUCGAACCUGACUCGCAGCGUCCGCCCGCGUGGUUCUCGAGGGAGGAACGGGAGUGGGUUGCCAGGUCCUUCUUCCGCGUGUCGAGGGAGGCACGCGCAGGGGAGAAGGACGGAAGCGCUACGCACUCCAAGCAGGACUCGAACCCCAGAUCCGCCGCACAAACAGCAGUGGGUCACGGCAGCGUAGAGACAGAAAGAGGACGAUGAGAGACUGCAGACACAUCUACAGACGUACAACAGGGGCGAAAGCCAUGACGGAGUUCUGGUUGAUAUCGGCGCCCGGGGAGAAGACCUGCCAGCAGACUUGGGACAAGAUGAUGGUUGCCACCACGCGGAACAACAACCUUUCCACCAACCACAAGUUUAACAUUCCUGAUUUGAAGGUGGGAACCCUAGACGUCCUGGUGGGACUGUCAGAUGAGCUGGCCAAGCUGGACUCCUUUGUCGAGAGUGUGGUGAGGAAGGUGGCCCAGUACAUGGCCGACGUGCUCGAGGACAGCCGGGACAAAGUGCAGGAAAACUUGCUGGCCAAUGGAGUGGACUUGGUAACCUACAUCACGAGAUUUCAGUGGGACAUGGCCAAGUAUCCCAUCAAGCAGUCUUUGAAGAACAUCUCGGAGAUCAUAUCCAAGCAAGUGACGCAGAUAGACAAUGACCUGAAGGGCCGAGCGUCCGCCUACAACAACCUGAAGGGCAACCUGCAGAAUCUGGAGAGGAAGAAUGUAGGGAGCCUGUUGACCAGGAGUUUGGCUGACAUUGUGAGGAAAGAAGACUUUGUGCUGGACUCCGAGUACCUUGUCACGCUGCUGGUGGUGGUGCCAAAGACAAGUUACGCAGACUGGGAAAGAACAUACGAAACCCUCGCUGAGAUGGUGGUACCGCGUUCUAGUCGCAAAAUCUUCGAGGACCAGGAGAGCGGCCUGUUCACCGUGACCCUCUUCAGAAAGGCUGUGGAUGACUUCAGGCACAAGGCCAGAGAGAACAAGUUCACCAUACGGGAAUUCCAGUACAAUGAGGAGGAGAUGAAAGCUGACAAGGAGGAAAUGACGCGCCUCUCAACUGACAAGAAGAAGCAGUUUGGACCGCUGGUUCGGUGGCUCAAAGUCAACUUCAGUGAAGCUUUUAUCGCAUGGAUCCAUAUAAAAGCCCUUCGCGUUUUUGUGGAAUCCGUCUUAAGGUAUGGGCUGCCAGUUAACUUCCAGGCCAUGUUGCUGCAGCCCAGCAAGAAGACCAUGAAGAAGCUACGGGAGGUGCUGUAUGAGCUCUACAAACACCUAGACAGCAGUGCUGCCGCCAUCAUCGAUGCUUCCAUGGACAUCCCAGGGCUGAACUUGAACCAGCAGGAAUACUACCCAUACGUGUACUACAAGAUUGACUGCAACCUGCUGGACUUUAAGUAGAGCAGCUUUCUCUCCCUUCUCCUGCAACACAAAUACUAAACUCAGAUGAAAUACGUCGUCCCUGAUUUUCUUCUAAACUUUCUCUCUGUGUGGGUGAACCCUAACCCCUAUCCUGAAACAUGCUCACGCGCACAUAUUUGCAUGCUUGUUCUCGUUCCAAAAAACUCCCCAUUUGAACUUGGUGAAUGGAGCCUUUUUUAUAUCGGUGUAUCGUUUUAAAAAUACAAUCUGUGUUUACAAUUUCUUAAGAAAAGAUCGAGAUGUGCAAGUAUUUGGUCAAAGACAUGCCAUUUUUGCAGUGCAGCGAAACCCAUAAAGAAGAGGGCUGAAGUCAUUCCGCCGGGUGUUGUGCUGUGUGCUGAGGCUUGUAGCUUUUCCACGUUAACAAUACAUCGAUGUGUGGUAUUUGCAUGAGGAACGGGUCAUUUUACCCCUUCGUGUCAUUACGUGUGGUUCAUCCCAGUUGUAGUGAUUCACUGAUGCAAGAAGCAAUAUGUGUUUGUCUCAUCUUAAAAUGUCUGUAUAUUUUGAUGUGCGAGC